AUGAAGGGGUGGAAUUUCCCAAGCCGUUACUUGAUUGUCAUUUUGACAUUCAUAUGCACUUGUGUUUGUUAUAUAGAGCGAGUGGGUUUCUCCAUUGCAUAUACUAUUGCAGCUGAUGCAGCUGGAGUGAACCAAUCAAGUAAAGGCACUAUACUGUCUACUUUCUAUUAUGGUUAUGCAUGUUCUCAGGUGCCUGGAGGGUGGGCCGCUCAGAAAAUUGGGGGAAGGAAGGUUCUCCUUCUCUCUUUUCUUUUGUGGUCAUCAACUUGUUUUUUGAUACCCCUCGAUCCUAAUCGAGUUUUGCUCUUGGUGGUGGCCCGCUUGCUUGUUGGUGUUGCACAAGGGUUCAUCUUUCCCUCCAUCCACACUGUCCUGGCACAAUGGGUUCCACCCCAUGAAAGAUCUAGAUCCGUGUCGCUUACGACUUCUGGAAUGUACUUAGGUGCAGCUAUGGGAAUGCUUGUCCUUCCAAGUCUGGUGAAAUUCAAAGGCCCUCAAGCUGUAUUUUUUGCUGAAGCAGCAUUAGGCAUUUCAUGGUCUUUGCUUUGGCUUCAAUAUGCAAGUGACCCUCCUCGUUCUGACCAUCCAAAAGCAACUGCAGCUGGUUUUGGGGAAUCUUUACUGCCACUCAAAGCUAGUCAAAAGGCAAGAAUGGAGAAUGGAGGGACUGCUGUUAGAACUGCCAGAAUUCCAUGGAAGAAAAUUUUUUUCAGCUUACCAAUUUGGGCAAUUGUGGUAAAUAAUUUUACGUUCCAUUAUGCUCUGUACGUGCUGAUGAACUGGCUGCCAACAUACUUUGAGCAGGGCCUCCAGCUGAGUCUUCAGGAAAUGGGUUCUUCUAAGAUGAUGCCUUACUUCAACAUGUUCCUAUUCUCAAAUAUAGGUGGGGUGCUUGCUGACCACUUAAUUACGAAGAGAAUUUUGUCUGUGACAGGAACCCGGAAGUUCUUGAAUACUGUAGGGUUUUUAGUUGCUUCUCUUGCUUUGAUAGCACUUCCUAUCUUUAGAACAUCCACUGGGGCUGUCUUCUGCUCCUCAGUGGCUCUUGGCUUUUUGGCUCUGGGAAGGGCUGGAUUUGCAGUGAAUCACAUGGAUAUUGCUCCAAGAUAUGCAGGAAUAGUAAUGGGAGUUUCCAACACAGCUGGUACUUUAGCUGGGAUUAUCGGGGUUGAUUUAACCGGCAAAAUUCUUGAAGCUGCUACUGCCACUUACUCAGAUCUUUCUAGUCCAGAAAGCUGGAGAUCUGUAUUCGUCAUACCUGGUUUGCUCUGCAUUUUUAGUUCUUUAGUGUUUUUGCUGUUUUCAACCGGAGAGAGGAUUUUUGACUAA